AUGACGCGGGAAGGCGGAAGCGGUGGCGGGAUGGGGCGGUGCGGGGCCGCCCUGCGCUUGGCCCUGGAGGGGAACAUCGCCGUGGGGAAAUCGACCUUCCUGAAGCUGCUGGGUGCCACCUUCCCCGAGUGGCACUUGGUGACCGAACCCGUGGCACAGUGGCAGAAGGUGCCAGCCGGCGGCACGGCGGAGGCGUCCGUGGGCUCCACCAACCUUCUCCAGAUGAUGUACCGGGAGCCGGCUCGGUGGUCCUACACCUUCCAGACCUUCUCCUGCAUCAGCCGGCUGAAGGCGAUGCUGGAACCGCCGCCCGAGCGGCUCCCCGGGACCCCCCACCCCGUGCGGGUCUUCGAACGCUCCGUCUACAGCGACAGGUAUGUCUUUGCCAAGAACCUCUUUGAGGCCGGGCACCUGCAGCCGCUGGAGUGGGCCAUUUACCAGGACUGGCACGGCUUCCUCCUGCGGCAGUUGGGGCCCCGCGCCGCCCUCCACGGCUUCCUCUACCUGCGGGCGACGCCGCAGACGUGCCUGGAGCGGCUGCGGCGGAGGGCGAGGAGCGAGGAGGGGGGGAUCCAGCUGGGGUACCUGCAGCAGCUCCACGCCCAGCACGAGCACUGGCUGGUGGAGAAGACCACGGAGGUCCACUUUGCAGACGUGAAGCACGCGCCCGUCCUGGUGCUGGAUGUGGACAAGGACUUUGAGCACGAUGCCGCCGUGCAGGGCGUCCUCAUGGCGCAGGUGGAGGCUUUUGCAACAGCGCUGCGAGCUGAAGCUUUGCCGUCGCGCCCUGACCCUCACUGAGCGGCGGCGGCAGCAUCCCAGCCCACCGGUACCCGCACCGAGCAGCGGAGCCGGGAAAGGGGCAUCACCGCCGCCAGCUCCGGCCGAAGAUCCCGACACCAAGGACAAGGGACAAGUCCUGGUCCCCAACUGUCCCCCUCAGUCCUUUUAUUUUGGGCGAGGGGUGUAUUUAACGCGCUGACGGCACGGGACGGAUUUAAGGCGAAUAAUCGGAGGCGCAGCUGUGUGAUGAGCUGCGGCGUGGCGUGGCGCGCUCCUCCCGCUCCCCCGUGCGCUGGGGGGACCAGGUCGCCGCUGCGACCCCUU